CGACAGCACGAUGAUUGCCUCAUAAAUCAGUAAGAAUCGGGCACCGAAAGGUGAACUGAUUGUAGACUAAGCUAGGGCUUCAGUUGGUCAAGUUACUGCACCAAGAAACGAGAAGAGAUGAGAUACAGCGCGAUCACCGUCUGUCUCGUGGCUCUUGGAGCCGCAUUGCUGCCCACUAUCAAUGGCCUACCGACUGGGUAUGAAGCGUUGAACACACCGGAGAACGUGUACCGGUUGGCCCAUCUGGGUUCGGAUGAGCUCGCCGAAGAGCUGAGCGGCCAGUUCGAGGGUGAUAUGGUGCUGGACGAUGAGCAGCUGGACUUUGUACGCGGCAAGCGCAACGGUUUGCUGGAACCAACCCGCCGCUGGCCGAACGGUAUCGUGAGCUACUACAUCAACGAGCAAGACUUUACUCCGGAACAGGUGCAGCACAUCGAGCUCGGAGUAAGGCUGCUCGAAAGCCAAUCGUGUCUUCGGUUCCAUCGCGUUGAGGCCGAUGCGGUCGCCUACAUCAACGUGCGUGGCACCGGUUCCGGGUGUUCCUCGGUCGUUGGCUACAACGGCCGGGCACAGAACCUUAACCUACAGCCGUACCCCGUGGGACAGGGUUGCUUCCGGAUUGGUACGGUAGUGCACGAGUUCCUGCACGCGCUCGGCUUCUACCACCAGCAGAGUGCAAGCGAUCGUGACGAUUUCGUCGAAAUCGUCUACGAUAACAUCGAGGCGGGCACGGAGAACAACUUCAACAUCUACCCCAGUACGACGGUGACGGACUUUGGUGUGCGCUAUGACUAUGGCAGCGUGAUGCACUACAGCGCGACGGCAUUCAGCAAGAAUGGACAGCGCACGAUCAUACCGAAGGAUCCGAAUGCCUCCAUCGGUCAGCGGAUCGGUAUGAGCGAGCGGGACAUUUCCAAGCUCAAUCACAUGUACGGUUGUCUGAAGAAAGUAUAAACCAGGUGGCACAUUACGUUGGACCUGCAGACGAUGCACAGAUUGCUGGAAUUGAUCGAUAAGAGAAAUACAUAUUUAACCUCGAGCAUUUGGA